ACUCUCCGGCUUCCCAAAACAACGCGAGAUCUGCCUGCGCGAAGAGUGGAUCCCCCAAAUCUACGUUUGCGCCUGCGUCGAACGAAUCGUUUUAGCGCGAAAAAAUUUCAAAACUUUCUGCCUGAUUAUAGCCAACGAAAUUUGGUCCUCGAGAAAGGAUACAUGGGACACCUGCAUGAGCAUUGGAUUUUGUCCUGCAACAUCUUAAAGGAAGCCGGCUGUGAGCCAAAAGAAAGACAGAGAACAGAUAUGAAUGGAUCCCCAAGCUUUCCUGGUGGUUUAUGGCAUUCUCCAAACUCCUAUGCAAGGGCUACUCCUGACCAAGAAGACCUAAGGAGACCAUCUCUAAAAUCAAGUACAGAUGGAGACUGUGUAUCCUGGUUUUCUAAUAUGGAAAGUAUGGUUGCUCCUACAAUUGACUGGCCAGCGAUACUGAAAGGUCUACUAGGAGUCAAAUAGCUAAUUAUCUUACAUUUCUCUUUGAGAAAUUAAGGAGGGCUGCCUCAUGGACCAAAAAAUCCUAAAGAACUAAGAGAAAAAAAAUGAAUAUGGUUUUUGCUCACAGAAUGGAUAACAGCAAGCCACCUUUGGUUAUUCCGACACUUCUGGCGCCCCUCCAAAACCACAGCUGCCCAGAAACAGCUACACCUCUGUCAAGGCAUGGCCUGAUGGACUUAUAUGAGGAGCACGGUUGGAUGAGCAACAGAACAGACCUGCAGUAUGGACUGACACCCGGGGAAGUGGCCACAGCCAGCAUUUUCUUUGGGACUCUGUGGUUGUUUUCUAUCAUUGGCAAUUCCCUGGUUUGUUUGGUUAUCCAUAGGAGUAGGAGAACUCAGUCCACCACCAACUACUUCGUGGUCUCCAUGGCAUGUGCUGAUCUUCUCAUCAGCAUUGGCAGCACGCCUUUCGUCCUGCUGCAGUUCACCACGGGAAGGUGGACACUUGGCAGUGCAAUGUGCAAGGUGGUGCGAUAUUUUCAGUAUCUCACACCAGGUGUCCAGAUCUAUGUUCUCCUCUCCAUCUGCCUAGACCGGUUCUAUACCAUUGUCUAUCCUCUGAGCUUCAAGGUGUCCAGAGAAAAAGCCAAGAAAAUGAUUGCGGCAUCAUGGGUCUUCGAUGCAGCCUUUGUGACCCCUGUGUUCUUUUUCUACGGCUCCAGCUGGGACAAUCAUUGUAACUAUUUCCUCCCUUCUUCUUGGGAAGGAACUGCCUACACUGUCAUCCAUUUCUUGGUGGGCUUUGUGAUUCCAUCUGUCCUCAUAAUCUUAUUUUACCAGAAGGUCAUAAAGUAUAUUUGGAGAAUAGGCACUGAUGGCCGAACUGUGAGGAGGACAAUGAACAUUGUCCCAAGGACAAAAGUGAAAACUAUCAAGAUGUUCCUCAUUUUAAACCUAUUGUUUUUGCUCUCUUGGCUGCCUUUUCAUGUAGCUCAGCUGUGGCACCCCCAGGAACGAGACUAUAAGAAAAGUUCCCUUGUGUUCACAGCGAUCACGUGGAUAUCCUUUAGUUCUUCAGCCUCUAAACCUACUCUGUAUUCAAUUUAUAACGCCAAUUUUAGGAGAGGAAUGAAAGAGACUUUUUGCAUGUCCUCGAUGAAAUGUUACCGAAGCAAUGCCUAUACUAUCACAACCAGUUCAAGAAUGGCCAAAAAAAACUAUGUUGGCAUUUCAGAAAUCCCUCCCAUGGCCAAAACUAUAACCAAAGACUCAAUUUAUGAUUCAUUUGACAGAGAAGCCAAGGAAAAAAAGCUUGCUUGGCCCAUUAACUCAAAUCCACCAAAUACUUUUGUCUAAUUUCUCAGAUUUUUUUCCAAUUAUUGUUAAUGCACCAGAGAUUAAAAAGCUUUAACUAUAAAAACAAAAGCUAUUUAUAUAUUUUUAAAAAUCAACUUGCUGAGGGAAUGUUUUCUUUCGUAAAAUGUAUUCACCUAUUGAUUACA